GUUACAAAAUUAAUUUGACUACUUGACUUGUACUAACCCAAAGAGACAACAAAAACAAGGCUAUGCGUGCAGACUACAUGCUGUUUCAGUUUUGGGCUCCUAGAUAUUAUUGAAUAACGAAUUGUAAAUGUGACAGUAGUUUGAUACACAGUAGCUGUCAACUUAUCUGAGGUCUGCUUUGAGACUUUUGAGGCAUGAAUCACAUGACCUUUAACGAUGACAGAGAUCUGGUUCAGUGCUUUGCUGCUUAGUGUCACAAGCCUUGUCUCAUUACAAGCUGAUGAAUGCAUGGAAGGAGUGAUUGGGGAGGAUGCCCUCCUUCCAUGUGUCUAUAAUGGGGUGAAAAAUGUUACCUCUCUCCACAUCUCAUCCGAAUGGAGAAAAGGCAUGGAAGUAAUACACACCUCAGUCUGGACGGAGGGUCAGGUGGAAAUGCAAAAUGUGUCAUACAGCAUCCGAACGACAGUGUCAUCUUUGGCUCCAAAGACUGGAGACUUCUCCAUGGAGUUACAUGAUAUACAAUUAUCAGAUGCACAUAAUUACAGUUUUCAUCUAAAGCUUGAUGGUCAAGAUAGCAGUCCUUCAAUCUGUACCAUCUGCCUCAAUGUAGUUGGUGUUAGUUCAAGUGCAGAGGUGGGACGGCUGUCAGAGGCCAUGUGGAUGUUCAGCACAGCUCUCUGUGUGGUUGUAUUCUUGCUGGUAGCUUUGUCUCUGGGUUUCCAGAAUAAAUUGGAUCGAGAAAGAAGGAGAGAGCAACACAGAUAUGGAGAUGAUUCAUCUAGUUACGGAACUGAGAUGAUUUUGAUGGAUAUGGAGCAAUGGACUUCCCUUCCAGAGACAGAUGUGUAACAUUUUCUGGAAAUGCAUUCUUAGUUGAUGCUACUUACUGUUAUACUUCUUAUUAACACUGUGAUCUACUGGAAUUGAUUCACUGUUGCAUUUUAGAGUCAGAGUGAACUAACAAUCUGUCAAAGAUUAGAAAAAAGUAAUAAGUGAUUGCUACAAAUUUUAUUCAGUGCCUUUAGUUUAACGCAUUUAAUCAAAAACAUUUCCAAGCUAAGUGAAGACAUGAAGAUACUCCUUGGAUUCCCAAUGAAACAAACUACAUACCUUUUCUUAAAAAAAAUAAAAUAAAAAAAAAAUCUUAUCAAAUCGAGACAGUCUAUACUUACAGUUAUAGUUGAUACCUUUGUGUAAAAUACAUCAACAACUGUUUCUGGACCCUUCAAAUUUCAAACUAAAUUUAGGUCACAAGUGUAACCGAUGGGAUUAAAUGGGUUAAGUAAAUAUUUUACUUUUUUCUUUUUUUGCAGAAAUGUCAAAACAUAAUAGCAACAGAAUGCACCAAUUAUGGCCUAUUUAACUCUUCCCCCCACCUAUUUGAAUAACAUUUUUGCCCUCACUAGUUCAUUUUAAAUGGUUCUUCAUUGUGUAACUAAUACAUUUUUUAAAAGGAGAAAUAUUCCACUUAGUCUUUCAAUUAAUAUUAGGUCAUCAAUGCUGCAUGCAUAAUAAUUAUAAAAGAAUUAGCAAAAUGCUAUUUAAAAUAGAUCUAGAUAGAGUAAAGCAUGACACACUGCAUGACA